AUGAGCCACCAGAUCCUGCUGCUCCUGGCCGUGCUGACCCUGGGCCUGGCCACCUCCCAACACCGAGACAAGGUGCCCUGUAAGAUGGUAGACAAGGAGGUCUUGUGCCAGGGUCUUGGCCUGUUCCAGGUCCCCUCAAUGCUCCCGCUGGACAUCGAGGCCCUCGACCUAUCUGGAAACCAGCUGCAGAGAAUCCUGGCCUCGCCCCUGGGCUUCUACACAGAGCUUCGGCACCUGGACCUGAGCACCAAUGAGAUCAGCUUCCUCCAGACAGGUGUCUUCCAGGCCCUGCCCCACCUGGAGCACCUCAACCUGGCCCAUAACCGCCUGGCAGUGGGCACCGUGCUGAGCGCCCCUGGCCUGGGCCCCCUGCCGCAUGUGACAUCUCUGGACCUGUCUGGGAACAGUCUGUACAGUGGCCUGGUGGAGCGGCUGCUGGGGGAGGCACCUGCCCUGCGCACCCUCUCGCUGGCAGAGAACAGCCUGACCCGCCUGGCCCGCCACACCUUCUGGGGCACACCCGUGCUUGAGCGGCUGGACCUCCACAGCAACGUGCUCAUGGACAUUGAGGACGGCGCUUUCGAGGCCCUGCCGCACCUGGCCCACCUCAAUCUCUCCAGGAAUUCUCUCACCUGCAUCUCUGACUUCAGCCUCCAGCAGCUGAGGGUGCUUGACCUGAGCUGCAACAGUAUUGAGGCCUUCCAGACGGCCCCAGAGCCCCAGGCUGAGUAUCAGCUCGCCUGGCUUGACCUGCGGGAGAACAGACUGCUCCACUUCCCUGACCUGGCCGCGCUCCCGAGACUCAUCUACCUGAACGUGUCCAACAACCUCAUCCGGCUCCCCGCAGAGCCACCCCAGGGCGGUGAGGGCAUCCAUGCACCUUCCGAGGGUUGGUCAGCCUUGCCCUUCUCGAACCCCAGCCGGAACUCCAGCACCCACCCCCUCUCCCAGCUCUUGAAUCUGGAUUUGAGCUACAAUGAGAUUGAGCUGGUCCCUGAGGGCUUUCUUGAGCCCCUGACCUCCCUUCGCUUCCUAAAUCUCAGCCGAAACUGCUUGCGAGCCUUUGAGGUGCGGCGUGCGGGCUUCCUGCCUUGCCUCGUGCACCUGGACAUCAGCCACAAUGCGCUGGAGAUGCUGGAGCUGGGCCCCAGGGCCCUGGGGUCUCUGCGGACACUGCUCCUACAGGACAAUGCCCUGCAGGACUUGCCCCCCUACACUUUUGCCAGCCUGGCCAGCCUGCAGAAGCUUAACCUGCAGGGGAACCAGAUCAGGCCUUGCGGGGGGCCAGGUGAGCCCGGCCCCUCGGCCUGUGUGGCCUUCUCUGACAUCUCUUCCCUCCGCAUCCUGAACCUGGCGGACAAUGAGAUGGAGGUGCUCCGGCCGGGUGCCUUCCUCCACACGCCGCUUACUGAGCUGGACCUCUCUGCGAACCCAGGGCUGGAUGUGGCCACGGGGGCCUUGGCGGGCCUGGAGGCCUCCUUGGAGGUCCUGGCCCUGCAGGGCAACGGGCUGGCCAUCCUGCAAGUAGACCUGCCCUGCUUCAGCUGCCUGAAGCGACUCAAUCUUGCCGAGAACCGCCUGAGCCGCCUGCCUGCCUGGACGCAGGCUGUGUCACUGGAGGUACUGGACCUGAGGAACAACAGCUUCAGCCUCUUGCCAGGCAGUGCCAUGGGCGGCCUCGAGACCAGUCUCCGGCGCCUCUACCUGCAGGGGAAUCCACUGAGCUGCUGCGGCAACGGCUGGCUGGCAGCCCAGCUGCACCAGGGCCGUGUGGACGUGGAUGCCACCCAGGACCUGACCUGCCGCUUCGGCUCCCGGGAGGAGGUAUCCCUGAGCCACGUGCGUCCUGAGGACUGUGAGAAGGGGGGGCUCAAGAAUGUCAACCUCAUCAUCAUCCUGACCCUCGCACUGGUCUCUGCCGUCCUCCUCACCACACUGGCCACCUGUUGCUGUGUCCGCCGGCAGAAGUUCAACCAGCAGUACAAAGCCUAG